AACAGCGGCAAAUUAGGAACCACUGCAUAAACACAAACAACAGCAGCAUGUUGAGCAGCAUGUUGGAAGAUCAAGAAAAAUAUAAUUUUGUGUGUGUACCACUGACGGCACUGACAUUUUUUAAAAGAAUCCACGAUGAGUGACCAGGAGGAGUCUGCGAAAGAUGAAGAAGUUACUGAACGCGUGGAUUCACAUUUGAGUCACGAAGAGCUUGUAAAUAUGACAAAAACCACCCUGAACACCCUGAUUAAAAACGACCCCCUUUUAUGCGACCUACCUGAAAAUGUGACGCUCGACGAGAUCAAUGCCCAGAUUGCUGUUAUCCAAGGAACAGCUUUGACUGUCAAUGUACGGCGAGAGGACGGUGAGGAAGUUAAAGUGAUUGUGGACCAGCGGGACGCAACUGUGAGCCACCUGAAGAGAGCCUUCCAACGCAGCACUCACCUUCGACUGCUUCGGCAAAGGGGCAGGAAGGUUGCUGUCAGCUGGACGCACAUCUGGAAGACCAACUGGCUUGUCUUUGCAGGGGAAAAGCUCCGAGACGACAAUUCAAAACUUAGGGACUUGGGAAUAACAAACAGGGCCACAGUGAACUUUGCCAAAAGGUACCGUGAUAAACUUCGGAGCAAAUACGAAUGAGUGCAAAUUUGUAUUUUAAAAUUAAAAAUAUGCUAAAUAAAUUUAAUGUUAAAAAUAAGUAGACUUUAAACUUAAAAAUUGUUGACUUGACUAUUUUGACUAAUAUAUUCGGUUCAGUGAAUAAGAAGAAAUUUUAUUGCAAAUUGAUAUAAGUGAAAAUUAAAAAUUCGCAAAUAAAAAAAAAAUUAUUUUAGCUAGGUUUAAAGUUGUGCCAUAAUGCCAGUAAGCCAGUUAUUUAUUAAAAACGGUUCUUCAACUGAAUUAUUUUGAGAAAAGCCUCGGUUGAUUUAUUUAUUUAUUUACCAUAAAAUGAUACUUGUGAUCUUAUUUAUACGGAAACGUGUAAAAUAAAAAUGAAACUAACAUUUUUGCCAACAAAAUUCGUUUUUAAUUGAACUUUUACACAGAGCAGACCUCAUUAUGAUAGAGGAUUAAACAUUGUUGUAUUUCAUUUUAAUCGUAUAUAUCAGAACAAAGUGGCAUGCAUUUUUGAGAUUUUUUUCCUUUGUCUUUAUUUUAAUUUGGGUUUUACUUCUUAUUAAUUUUGUUUCAUGGUACACACAUACAGGACAGGGUAAUGAACCUGGAUGAUUAGAUUACAUAUUUUUUUAUGGUAGUUAGCAGUAUAAUUGAACCACUUAUGUAACAUCUUUUCUCAUUAUAAUUCUGGAUAUGAGUAUUCGUCUCUUUCUGCCAUU